AUGACUACUACCAAACAAAUCCCUAUUUUUUCUGUUAUUGAUACAGAUAAUCUUUCAUUCAAGAAAGAAAACAGAACCAAGAAUAGAAUAAUCACUAAUCUUUCUAGCAAAAACAGUAAAGCUAUUAAAAUUUCUGAAAGUAAUAGAAAAAAUUUAAGAAAUGAUCUUGUUAAUUUGAUAGAAUUACAUUCUGAAAGAAACAAAGAAAGAAACAAUCAUCUGAGUAAUAUCCAUAAUCAAGAUAUCUUGGCUAAGGAUUCUUUUAUUUGGUUAAUUGCUGAUGCUAGAAGUACUGGAGAUAGAUUGAAAGAAUUGGAAUAUAGUAAAAAAUUUUAUGAAGAUUCUUUUGGUACUGAAGUACUUGGAUUUGCCGCAUAUACAUAUGGAAAAGUUUUAAUCGAUGACGAGGAAAAAGGAAUGGAAGCAAAAAAAAUGUUUGAAAUUGCAUUUUUUCAAGGUGGAUAUAUUGACGCAAUUAAUAAACUUUCUGAAUAUUUUGGAGAUGAUAUUAAAACUUUUUAUAAAGAAAAAAUUGAAAAUGAUGAUAUGCAUGAUCUUGAAUAUUUUUUUUAUGCUGCAAUUCUUCUUUCUGAUAAGAUUAUUAGUGAGGAUAAAGCUAGUUAUAUCAUGGAUAUUUUAAGUGUUGGUGUAGGAAAUGAAGAUAAUAAUUGUCUUUUGUUAUAUCAUCACAUGUUACAAAGAAAGAUGGGUUCGAGAGAACAUCAGCUCAAUAAAGAUGAUAUCGCCGAUAUGAUGAAAGCUAAUUUUAGUGAUACAAAUUUUAAAUUUAAACCGAUUAAUAAUGCUCUUAUUGGAAAAAUGAAAAAGGAAAAAGAAUUUAAACCUCAAGAACAUACAGUAACUAGAUCACUUGCUGAUCUUCAAGUUAUUUACAAACAGAAAAAAAAUUCUAGAAGCAAUAGUCCAAAUGAGGAUAGAACUAUGGAAACUGAUGAAUUUGAUACUUUAGCAUAUGAUUUAGGUGAUCUCAAUGAUAUUGAGAAAAAAGGCCCUAAUUAUUAUAUGGGAAAUUUAUUAUUUGGUAAUAAUAAUAAAAAAUAA